AUGUUAGAAUAUAGACAGAAAUUGAUAAAGUUGGCCGAUAGUUCCGAGUUCGGCUGGAAGACAGUGAAGGAAUAUGAAGCUAAUUCCAUAGCUGAUAAUUCCGAUGACGAAAAGAAAAUGGUGAAAGCAGAGAAUAGAGCUCAACGGAAAAUAAAAGUUCAGAUGGGCACCAGGAGACGUUUUAAUCGAACGCACCCCUACGCACCGGAAACUCACAGGACUCAAGAGAACACAACUUCCGGAAACACAACAACAACAAGGAGGCCUGGGUUUUGUUUUGCCUGCGGGAAGCCGGGGCAUUGGAGGGCUGAGUGUAAAGAGCUGGUCAGAAGUGGCAAUCAAGUUGAAAAGAUGAGUAUAACUAAUGCCUAGGGUUGAGGCAGGCAGUUUUGGAUGAUGUAAGAGCCGCUGGUAUGGUUUCCAAUGAGAUGGCUGACUUAGCGAAGAGCAUGGCGGGACACUUGAUCGGAAGCAGGAGUGAAAAUACAGUAUCAAAAUAUUACAGUGCUUUUAAACGGUGGGAACACUUUAUAAAAUCAAAAGAUUUAAACUAUUCUGUAAUUCCAGCUCAGCCAAUCCUUGUGGCUUUGUAUUUAACUCAUUUGAUGGACACUAGGCAUUCUUUUGCAUCUGUACAGUCGGCAGUUUAUGGCAUCAAAUGGGCACAUAAAAUAAGGAAUUUCACAGACCCCACUGAAAACUUUUAUGUUACAAAUUUAAUGGAAUCUGCCAAACGAAAUUAUAGUCGUCCAGUGGUGAAAAAGGAUAUUAUUUCUAUAGAUCAGAUUAUAGAACUGUGUAAAAAAUAUGAACAAUCUGAGAAGCUUUUAGUGUUAAGAGAUUUAGCUAUUAUCGUUCUAUGUUUUGCAGGGUUUUUACGAUUUGAUGAAAUCAGUUCACUCAAAUGCAAAGAUGUAAAUUUUCAUGAGAAUUAUCUGUCAUUAUUUUUACCAAAGAGCAAAACAGAUCAAUAUAGACAGGGCAAUGAAGUAGUGAUUUCAAGGGGUACAUCUGUAGCUUGUCCAAUGAAAAUACUUAGCAGAUAUAUUGCUGUGGCAAAUAUUAAUACAAAUUCAAAUGAUUUUUUAUUUAAACCUGCUUUUUCUUCUAGAGGUAUUUGUUCACUUAUUCAUAAAAACAAACCAAUUAGUUAUACCCGCACAAGGGAGACUGUUGUUCAGAGACUUAAGGAAGUUUGUGGAAAUGUAAAUAUUGGCUUACAUUCAAUGAGGGCAGGGGGUGCAACUAAGGCAGCCAAUGCAUCUACUAACGAUAGAUGUUGGAAGAGACAUGGCAGAUGGAGGACCGAUAAAGCAAAAGACGGUUACAUUAAGGAUUCAUUAGAACACAGAUUAAGUGUCACUAAACUUUUAAACCUCUGACUUUGACCCGUUCUUUGUAGUUCUAGCUGUUCAGCAGGCUAAAUGCAUACCUGGCAUUUGUGUUUUUAUUUGAUAAAGUGUUUUAUGGGAAAUAGUUUAGACGUAACUUUUUCUGCGUUUCGUUAGUAUAGCAGAAAAAUAUUGUCUGUAAGUUUUUAUUGCCAUAUAUAGUAUAGGCGUAGGCUGAUGAAUAUGCAUUAGGCCAAAUAGGCGAGUAAGGCAUUUUGCACGUGGUUUUCGUUGUACUGAGUCAGGUAUACAGGUGUAUUGUAUAGGUGGGGUCAUUCUAGCCUUGGACAGCAUAUCGUACAGGCUGUUUUUUAUUUUUUAAUGUCAGAAUUUAGAUUUAGUAAAAAUAGAAUUUUUUAUCUAUGGGAGGUAACUCGGACAUGACAAAGUUGUCGAGUGUAGGUAGUGAGCCAGAAGGUUUUCCAGAGCAUUUAGCUCAUAGAGUUUAUCUCUGGUUUUUAACCCUGGGCUGUAUUGUAUGGAAAUGGAAGUUUAGAAACAAGAGUUAUUAGUAGAUAUGAUCAAAAUAUUUCGGAGUAUGUAUUUCAAGUAAUUUUAUAUGAAUAAUACAAUAAAACAAAAUAUGUGUCAAAUAUUAAUAAACGCCGGCUUUCUAGCUGUUCAGCAGGCUAAAUGCA